GAACUGUGGCCGUUGGAUGUCAUUGUAUCAAAUUUAAACAGAAUGGAAACAAGUGAAUAUUCAAUGUAUGAUUCUCUCAUGGACAAACAUUCAGCAAAGAGAAUAAAGCUGGAGAUUGCAGAAAGGCCUUUGAACUUUGCAAUUUCACCAGAUGAACGUGAGAUCCAGUCAGUAAAAAAGACAAAAAUGCAAAGGGAUCCAAUGUCGCACAGAAUCAUAGAGAAGAGGCGACGAGAUCGCAUGAAUAACUGCUUGGCAGAACUCAGCCGGCUUAUCCCACGAAGUUAUUUGAAACAGGGUCAAGGUCGUCUUGAGAAGACAGAGAUUAUAGAAAUUGCAUCCAAGCUUAUACGAAACCUGUUGAACUUGCAUAAUUUCAGAGAAAUGAUGGAAAAAGAGUUAUUGUCGGAUUGUGGUGGAACAAACCCAUGCUGUCAAGAAAAAUUUUACAUGGGAUUUAAAGAAUGUCAAGAGGAAAUACUGCGACAUUUAAUAGACACAGAAGGGGUUGAUCUUAAAGACGACUUCUUUCAGAGAAUUACAACUUUUUUAGAUCAGAGCAGUAAGAAACAUCUUAGAUUAUCAACAGUAAAAACUGCAUCUGAUGUCCAAGAUGUAAAGACUAAUGAUUCUUUGACGUCAGAAGCACCAAUUUCAAAUUUAAGCUCACAGAGCAAUGGCCAAAUGCUAAAAGUCAUGGGAAUUUCAGAAAACAACAUGGCCAUGAUAAAACAGGAUGAACAUUUUUGUACCUUGCUGAAGCGAACAGAACAAACAUCCAGUCGAACAUCAGGAUACAGCAGCAUCAGAAGCCAGUCAUUGUCAGAAGGAAGUGUAUCAUGCAUUACACUGCAGUCGGUUCAGGGAGAUACAGCAGAGCAAGAAGAAAGUAACGGGUCUCCAGGCAGUUUAUGCUCCAGUGAGGAGAAUUCAUUCGAAGGCAGUAAUGGCAGCAAGAUUGAUUAUCACAAGUCACAUGCUUACAAAUUUAAGCACAAUAUAACAAAAAGGUUUUCUAAAGAAAGAAGUCCUUGGCUUCCCAAAAGUGAUAGAUCAUCAGAUUCAAUGGAGGAUGAAAAUGAACAAGGAAAGCAACAAAUAAUAAGCUAUAGUACUUCUAGCCCUAGCACUGAAUACAGUCAAUAUUUAGGAUCUGAAAAUAGUUCUACAAAUAGUUGUUGCAAGAAAAAUAAAAUUCCACGUUAUCAGAAUGAUUUUGGGAAGGAUGGUCGUUUUGAUUCAAAACAGGUGCCUCUACCCGCCUUUGUACUUCAUCCUCUUGGGACACAUUAUGUUCCCGUAACAAUACCUCCUACACAUUUCAAAAGUGUGUUUGAAGACGAUGCCAAGGGAUCAACAGCAUAUCAUCCCAUUAGUAUCCCUGUAAAUUUCUGUGGUCCAAGUGUUUCCAUACAUACACAGGUAGAACAUCAGCUAAGAUGUGCCUCAGAAGGACAGAAAGAGGAAAGAUGUAUUGAAAAUUCAAAGAAAACGUCAUGACUUUAAAAAUCGAAAGAUUUUUAUGCAUAUUUUUGUAACAACGAUUGUGGUUAUAUUAAAAGAUACAUACUGUUUUCUUCCGAAAAUGUACCAAGUCGUUCCGUUGGUAGAUAUUGUCGAGCGUUUGGUUUUCGUCAGUUUAAUGGACUUUCCCUUUUUGAAUUUAACUGGACGUUCGGUAUUUUUGUAAAUACAUUUAUAAAUGUUUUAUUUACACUACUUUUGUGUUGUGAAAAGGAAUUGUUUGUGAAACAUAUUUUCAGCUUUAUGAUGUUCAUGAUUAUAUCUUAAGUGAUGAAAUAGUUUUGUUUAUGCAAUCUUGCUCAACCACAAGUUUCAUCCUCAUUUUUUUCCAUUUUGAUAAUAAAAAAAAAAAGAAUUGAAUGAUUCUUUACUAAGUAAAUGUACAAUUUAUUUUAUCAAUACUGCAUAUUUUUAUUAUUUACUCACUUAUUCAGUAAAACUUUUAUUUGUUCCAAUAGCCGAACGAUUUUAAAUACUCACAGGUCUCUAACAAAUACUGCUGAUUUCAAUUCAAUUUUAUGAUGAAACUUCGUGAAACAUGCAAGGAGUGUUGUGUCAGAUUUGUUGUCUCGCCUGGGAAACAAAGUGAUUCUUAUCCAGCGGUGGUGUAAACUAUUUGUAUAAAGCAGAAGCUAAUAAAAGAGAGGCGGAAGAUACCAAAGCGAUAUUUAAACUCACAAAUCGAAGAAAACAGACGUCUCCAUGGCACAAAACGACGAAAAGACAAACAACAGUAUAAAAACACAGUAUAGAAAACAAAUGACUGAGAAACACGGACUUCACCCAAAACCCGGGUGAUCUCAAGUGCUCCGGAUUGCUAAUCAUAAAAUAUUUCACAUUUGGCACCCGUUGAUGACCUGGGUACUUCAUAUCAUGUAUAUCAUAUGUACAUUUUCUUUGACCUCAAAUUGAUAGUUCAGCGAGCGUUUGAAAAAUUGUUGUGUUUUAUCUAAUGAAAUUCUCACUUAUAAUGAGUAUAAGAAUAACUACAUUUAGUUUAUUAUCUCUCCGUUAUCUAGACAAAUAUGGAGGUUUAUCAGGCCUUAUUAUAAAUUUAGACAAGACCAAGGUUUUUUGGAUUGAAAAUAAAAAGUUUAGCAAAGAUACUAUGUGUGUAAAAUAUUUGGAAUGUCAUUCCAGCAGAUUUCUCCGUGGAUCUUAUUGAAAAUUUAAACUAUGAUUCCAAGAUCAAAGAAUGCUAUAUGUACUUUCUUUCAAAGUAAACGUUGUUUGUUUGGCAAUCAUAUUUUGUUCUGUAUCAAGCUUGUUUAGCUGUGUUUAUUACUAAGUUCUUGCAUUUAUUAAUUGAAGGUUGUUUAUUUAAUAGUUGUUACUUUUUUGUCUAUGUAAUA